AAUAUUUAUUAUGAAGUUGGAAAAAACAUAACAAUUUAAAGUUACAUCCAAGGGAUCAUUACAAAAAUAAAUUGCCAUUGUAAUCCCUGGAUCUCUUCCUGCACCUUUAAUAUUUUGAUUUCAGAUUAUUAAUAUGGUUGUAUGGAACGUCGUUCUAUCAAUAAUUACAUUAGCAGUUGUAGUUUAUUUAUAUUUGAAAUGGCAUUACAAUUAUUGGAAACGGAAAGGUUUAUACCAAAUAGAACCAGAGCUAGUCUACGGAAAUAUCAAAGAAUUCGUACAACAACGUUUAGCGUUUGCAGAUCAAUUCACUAAAUUGUACAACCAACUGAAAUCUAAAGGUUUAAAACACGGCGGUAUAUAUCUGACUUUAAAACCGACAUAUAUGCCAAUAGAUUUGGAUAUUAUAAAAAAUAUUCUACAAAGGGAUUUUCCUUAUAUGAUGAAUCACGGACAUUAUACGAACGAAGAAGCGGAUCCGCUAACGGGACAUCUUUUCGCUUUAGAAAACGAAAAAUGGAGGAAAAUGAGAACAAAAUUAACACCUACUUUUACUUCGGGUAAGAUGAAAAUGAUGUUUCCCACAAUGAUAGCUUGCACUAAAGAUCUAGUAGAGGUGCUCGAAGAUAACGCUAGAAUUCAAGAUCCUGUUAACGUGAAAGAAGUAGCAUCAGGAUUUACAAUCGACGUCAUAGGAUCAGUGGCGUUCGGUAUCGAUUGUUGUAGUUUGAAAAACCCCGAUUCGGAAUUUAGAAAAUUCGGUAAAAAGAUUUUUAUGGUGUCUCCAAUGAGACGAAUUAAACAUAUAAUCAGUACAGCUGUACCGAGAUGGGUACUGCUCAAACUUGGUUACAAACAAACCGAACAGGAAAUUGAGGAUUUUUUUAUGAGCGUUGUAGGUGAUACAGUGAAAUAUAGAGAGGAAAAUAAUAUUUACAGGAAGGAUUUCAUGCAUUUAUUGUUACAAUUAAAAAACAGAGGUAGAGUUACCGAUGACGAAAUAAUAUUUAAUAAAGAAGACGAGAAAAAUGACGCGGGGCAUUUUAUUACGCUCAACGAAUUGGUGGCACAGUGUUUCGUUUUCUUUUUAGCGGGUUUCGAAACAUCAGCGACGACUAUAACGUUCGUUUUAUUAGAAAUAGCGUUAGCGCAAGAGGUGCAAGAUAAAUUAAGGGAUGAAAUUCGAUCUAUAUGGGAAAAACAUCAUCAAAUCACUUAUGAAGCAGUGAUGGAAAUGCAUUACUUGGAGAUGGUCAUACAGGAAACGUUGAGGAAACAUCCUCCAGUUCCUAGCGUACCAAGAGUUUCUACAAAAGAAUACGCGGUUCCGGGAACGGAUAUCAUCCUAGCUACCGGAACUAAAGUUCAUAUUCCUGUUCACGCCAUUCAAAAUGAUCCAGAAUAUUAUCCAGAACCUGAUAAGUUUAUUCCUGAACGGUUUACAGAAGAAAACAAAUCAAAGAGACACCCAUUGUCAUUUUUACCUUUUGGCGAAGGACCUAGACUUUGCAUAGGUGCCAGAUUUGGAAUGCUUCAAAUAAAAGUAGCUGUUGCUUCUAUAAUCAAUACAUUCAAAGUAACUAUUAAUGAUAAGACUAAAUUACCUAUUCGUUAUACAACAAGCACAUUUGUACCUACAGUUGAAGGAGAUGUGUGGUUAGAUUUCCAUAAAUUGAAAUAGUUAUUUCAGUUGAAAUGAUAAUCAUUAUUAAAAAACGUAGAACGCA